AAGAAAAGAAAGUAGUAUUCUUUAUAUAGUUCAAUGUAAUUACUUUAAACAAUUACAUCCUUUAAUAACAUGAAGACGUAAAUACAUAUUUCAGAAAAAGAAAGUAAAAACUUUAACUUAGGUCAAAGACGUAUAUACGUCCUUGCUUAGGUGAGACAGAACAAAAAUGGACCACCUGUGGUCCUUGUAUGGAAUAGUGUGUAUAAUAAUGUGGACAUUUGUUCUAAAUGAAGCCAAAUUUAUCAGAUUUAAGCCUGGAUAUGAAUAUGAAUAUAAAUUUGAAUCAAGUUCAGAAUUAACAGAUUACGGAAAUUUUAACAUAAAAGCGAAGAUCAGUUUUACUAAUAUUGAUGAAAAGUAUGGCUACCAGGAGAUUUUAUUGAAAAUCUAUUCGUUUACUUUUUAUGCAAAUGAUCCAGAUACACCUGGACAUGAUAUGGACUUGAGUAAAUGGUUCUCUUUUGAGAUUACACCUGUCGGCCAAAUUUUACGUGUGUACCAUCCAGAAGAAAAAGAUGAUUUGGUCUUGGCCACGAAGAAAGGAUUUGCUGCUCUUCUUGCAUCAAGACUUCAUGAAGAAGGAGAAAUAUCUGGAAGUCCAUCACAUGAAGGUUUUACUUACCAAACACAAGAACUUGGCCAUGAAGGACCUCAUAAUGCCACAUACAUUGUUAAACAGACAAGUACUGGACUGCAGUUCACUAAAGUACGACACGAACCACUGGUUAAAAACGCUGGUGGAAAAUACCAAAAGGUGAUGCAUUACCACAAAGACCUUGAAGUUAUACACAGUGUUUUAAUAGAAGAAGAUUUCAUAUCACCUACUAAACCGUCUGCAAAGUUUGAUGCCUUGCAUGGAAUGAGGAAAAUUAAAGCAGUAAAUGAAUUUAGUUCCAUGGAUUCACCAGAAUUUCCUGAGAUGAAAACCAUCAGUAAAGGAACUCUAUCCUAUCUGACGAGGAGGUUCGAAAGAGAUUCUGUCACUAAACCAAUGCUGGGAUUAGAGGAAUCAACAAUCCAUGUAACCAAGAUGACAAGACAAACUCCAAUACUUGACAGGGCUAAAGCUUGGCAAUACAUAAAAGGGAAUAUAACCUGUAUGUGGACCCAGCCGGAAAAUGGUCGUACAUUGGAAGCACAUACUUGUUUCUUUAAGAUAGUGGAUGUACUAAAAUCGAUACCUGAAGAUGAACUUGUGAAGCUUGCUGACUACUAUUUCAUAAAACUUAAACCAAUUCGUAGCAGGUAUGUAGGAGCAAUGAACAUCAUGUUGGAUGCCUUUGGAGUCAUCUAUACAAACUUCAGUGAGAACCUCCUGGCAGAUUAUAUUCUAAAGAGUCCUGAUCCUAAGCCUACACUUAUCUUAAGGCUGCUGACACACAUUGUAGGAAAAGACAAUCCACCACAUGAUAAUAUGAUAGCUGCAUUGGAAGACCUUGUAUUUAACAAAGAUAACCAUCCAGAAGAGAUGUACAAAGAGGAUCUCCAUGAAAGGGUCUUACUCUGUCUGGGUUCAGUGUCUCACAAGUUAUCAAAAGCUGGACGGGUAGAGGAGGCUAUCAAAAUAACUGUACAAGUUCAUCAAUGGCUUGGAAUACAUGAACCUCUAAGUGGUCAUUUGAGAAUACAUGUUCAUGAUGAGGCCUAUGCCAGAGUGCUUCUUGGUAUUUUGGAUACAACCUUGGAUUUUUUUGUAGCCAGACUUUGUUUUAAAGGAGGCACCCGGUACAAUCUGAAUAUUCUACAAGAAAAUGACAUGAAGAAGAUUGUUCAAUUGGCCACACAGUUUGACAAGAAAGUGAAAGAGAUUGUUGAGGGCAUUGCAACAGGAGUGCAGAUGUUUAAAGACCUGAUUGGUGGUCAAAUAAGCAUGAAAGAAAUUGUUAAUGAAUUCAUAGAUGCCUUGAAGGAGUUGCCGGUCAAGGUUAAAGAUCUUAGAAACAAAGCAGCCAAUGUGAUGAAAAUGUUAGGACAGCUUGAUGAGGAAGAGUUACCUCCCUUUUUAAGACCACUCAGAAAUCUGAUUGUUAAAGUAACAACAGUCUUUAAUGAUGUUAAAACAGACAUCAUGAACUUUUAUAAUACAUUGGUUCAGACCAUCACUGUUAUAAUUCCACAGAAUGCCAAACUUAUUUAUGAAAGUAUUGUUGAUAUCAUUGAUGCCUUUAAGUUAAUAAUGAAAGAUCCUAAAACUGCAUUAACUAAGAUUGGUAAAGGUGUUGUACAGAUUUAUACGUCUAUAAAGGCUUUACUAGAUGUGAAGAAUAAAACACAAGAGGCUUGCUUCUUCUUGAAAGGUAAGUAA